AUGAAGCGGCGUGCUGUGCUGCGCGUCACGUCGCUUCGUGCCACGUUUCCCGGCGUUCCAGGUAUGCUGGGAAGAUCAUUGGCUUGUCCUUUGUUAACCUUUGAUUCUCAAUCACGUUUAAGCUUUUCAACUCCUAAUAUAGCAACAGCUACCCCUAAUAUUGCUCAUUUGAAUGUGAACUUCUCUGGUGCUCUUCCAUCACAUGUAAACCAGGGAGCCUGGACGUCCCAUUUUCUUUGUAAGAAAUGGAUAAUACAUUCCUCUGCACAAAUUGGUAAUUUAACUUUGAGUGAUGGAGACAAGAAGACGUGGGAAACAUGCAGAGAAGCCCUGUCUGCAUUUGAGUUCAGCCUUAAGGAGAAAGACAAGAUACUUGGAAAAGCAUUUGGUCAUGUGCAUUCACCUUACUGGGGCGAAGAACGAAAACAAGAAGUCCCAAAAUUUGAAAUUGUAAGUGAUAUAUUAGAUUAUCUGAGGGGUCUUGGUCUUUCUGAUGAUGAUCUCUACAAGUUGGUCAAAAAGUUUCCUGAAGUUCUUGGUUGUAGUCUUGAACAUGAUUUAAGGACUAAUGUGCAGAUACUCGAAAAGGAUUGGGGGAUAAAAGGAAAAUCAUUACGAAAUCUUCUUCUUCGAAAUCCUAAAGUAUUAGGGUACAAUGUUGAUUGCAAGGGUGAUUGUAUGGCACAAUGCACACGGUGCUGGGUUCGGUUUUAG